UCCGUACCUCCACCUCGUGACGUCCGUCAUUUCCGCAUUUUGCCUCUGUAUAAGCAUAGCCCUAAACCAUAUCAAUUUUUCUCCUUCUUCUCUCUCAACCUUUGAUUGAGUGACUCGAUGGCAAGCUUUCUUCUUGUAAAUUCCGCCAUCGACCAUUCACUCCUUAUUUGAUCUGCUCUCCUUGUUCACAAGUUAAUCUAUGUUCCUGCUUCAAUCUAGGAAAUAGUUUAGGUAAUUUGCUGUCAUUUCAUUGUUAUCAUCGAAAACUAGCUGGCUCCACUCUAGCUGAACCAGGCAUCAAGGCGGAACUAAAGAAGUUGCACCAUUGCAAAUGAUCUCUUACGAUCAAGAUCCCGAUGUUGUUCGAUGGGGACUCCAGCUCUUCGAUGGUGAUCCAUUCUCCAAUUGUGGCUACUGUGGGAUGGUCAUGCAAAAUCAUGUGGACUGUUACCUUGACCAGUACAAUAAAGACGGCUGUUUUGAUUUAGAAUCAACCAAUGCAGAGAAUAGUUUCUUUACAUUUACUCUUCAGGAUGAAUUAUCUCGACUUACUGUUAAUGAAGUAACUGAUUCUCCCAAUGAAGGGGAUGGAAAUGUCCAACCAUCAUUUUGUCAACAAGAUUGGCUGGAUCAGUCUAUGGAAAAUUUCACUAAUGGUAUUGGGAGAGACUCAGAAUGGUGCCAAGGCAUUGACAACGGCCAUGAGGAAGCUCAAAAUCUAGGAACUUGUUCUAUCCCCGACAGAAAUUUGAACUACGGGGAUCAGUGGACUUAUUCACAAGAGCCUAUGGAUGGGUAUGAACUUGAUGGUGAAAUAGGCAAAAGGCUGACUCAGAUGGUUUCUAUUCCACAUGUUCCCAAGAUAAAUGGAGAAAUACCUUCUUUUGAUGAAGCGACAUUAGAUCAUCAAAGACUUUUGGACAGGUUGCAGCUUUAUGAUUUGGUAGAGUGUAAAGUUCUGGGAGACGGGAACUGUCAGUUUCGGGCUCUGUCAGACCAGAUUUAUCGUACUUCUGAGCACCAUGAGUUUGUGAGACAGCAAAUUGUUGAUCAGAUUCAAUCUUGUCCCGAAAUAUAUGAGGGAUAUGUCCCCAUGGAUUUUCCUGACUACAUAAACAAGAUGUCAAAGACUGGUGAGUGGGGUGAUCACGUCACUUUGCAGGCAGCUGCAGAUACGUAUGGUGUAAAAAUAUUUGUUAUAACAUCAUUCAAGGAUACGUGCUAUAUUGAGAUUCUUCCACAUGAUCAGAGGUCACAACGAGUUAUAUUCUUAAGCUUUUGGUCUGAGGUGCACUACAACUCAAUAUAUCCAGAAGGAGAUGUACCGACAACUGUGUCGAGGAAAAAGAAAGUGCAAUGGGAGGCAGAAGACAAUUUUUUGGAAACAACAGAUGAGUGACAGAACAGUAGUCCUACAUCAGAAAAAUGCCGGUGCUUCUGUUGGUUUGGGCGUCCAACAUGUUGCAACUCAAUAAUCUUGAACAAUCUUUAUUUAAAAUUAAAAUUGAUUUAAAAUGUACAAUUUAAUCAGUUGCAUGGUUUCAUUAUUGUCUUCAACAUUCUAUGACUAAUCAAUCAAUCAUCACUGUUUUGGACUUGCAAGCUAUCGAUAUAAGUUGUGCAUGUUUGAGUA